AUGCGCAUCCACAGGGCGCUCCCGCCCUUGUUGCUUCUUGCUGUUGCAGAAGCCAAAGAUGUCCACGAACUUCCGUCACAGCCGCACCAGCAGCAGCAGCAGCGACAAAUCAUCCCCUUGGCCGUCCGCAAGAUGAGCCUCGACGAAGGCGAAAAGUUCUUCCCUGAGCAAUACUAUGGCUUCGACGGCGGCGACGACAGCAGAUUUGGCGCGGUACACAGUAGGACGGAUGGCCUCGGCCGCUCUCUGGCCGUCCUCUUUUCGUUUGGCCGGCGGUCAGUGUCCAUUGCGACGGAACCCGAGACAAUCGAGGCGCGGUCCGACGAUGGGCGGUGGCCCGUCGUCUCGAGGAGGACACCUGACGAGAGAAGCAUAGAAAACCCAGAAGGCGACAGCACAGAUAUUGGAGCGGUGCCUCCCCCGACAAAUAUGUCCGAAGCGACGUACACCGCUCGCCUCUUCCCGCAAGCUUACCUACCGGCCUUCCCCGUCCACCAAGCCAUCGACGACGACAGCCAACGGCAAAGCUCGAUCACAGACAGCGCGAACCCGGCCGUCGAGCUCGUCCGCCGAGCGGCCGAUGCGCUCGCCCGUCUCCAGCGCCGCCAAUGGGGCUGUCCCACGGGCACCUCUAGUUGUGAGAGCAUUGGUUACCCCUACAGCUGCUGCACCGACAACGAGACGUGCUACAAAGUGACCGACACAGGCCUGGGCCCCGUUGGUUGUUGUCCUGCGGGCGAAACAUGCGGUGGUGCUGUGUCCGACUGCAAGUCGGACAGCACAGCAUGUCCCAAGAGCUUGGGUGGCGGGUGCUGCAUUGCGGGCUAUGUGUGCCAGGGCGUGGGCUGUGUCAAAAGCAGCAGUGCUGGCGCAAGCACGGCGGCAAGCACGGCGGCGAGCACGAGCGCGAGCGCGAGCUCGAGCACUCCUACAUCGUCGACGUCGGUGACCACGACCAGUUCACCAGCGUCCUCCAGUACCACUUCCUCGACAGCCUCCACGACAUCCGGCGGCAACCCGCCUGUCAAGCAGACGCUGACCACGACGGCCUCGGGUCUGCCGGCUGGCUACUGCCCCACGGGUUACUAUGCAUGUGUGGCGUCGGCUGGUGGUGGCUGCUGCCAGACAGGCCGGAACUGCGAGACCACGAGCUGCCCACCCGCGCCAGCCACGACGACAAUUGUGAACACAAAUGGCGUUACGGUCGUCGUGCCCCAAACCGCCGCCGAGGCCGUGACGACAUCCUCGGCAACAUGUGCGUCCGGCUGGUUCCUGUGCGGUGCCAAUGCAGGCCCCGUGGCUGGCUGCUGUCCGAGCGGCUAUGCCUGUGGUACGGCAAGCUGCUCAUUGACAGGCGCCUCGGCGACGACGGUGCAGAAGGAGCUGCCGACGGCUGGCGAUGGCAGCAGCACAAGCAGUGGUGUCCAGUCAAUAGCCGGUAUCUGGUGGCUGGCUGUGGCUGUGGCGUCAAUACCACCACUGCUAUUGUUAUAA